CGAAACAUUCUGACUCAGGACCUGGUACUGGCACGAGUUCGCGAUUUGGAAGCCAUGGGGAAUAACCAAACAACUGUUCCUGCCGACCCGCCCAACCCUGAUGUGAAGAAAAUGACUCCACCUCCAGAAUGCCCCAUGCACGCUGCUGCAUCUCAGAGUACACAGGACAGGACAGCAGACUCCCACCUGUCCAGGUUGGCCAGUGUCCCGAGCGAGUGUCCCAUGAGUGGACAGGGCGGUGGACAGGCACUCAUCCCACAGCAGCCUGAGUCAGACAUCAACCCAGACAACAGGAUGCCACCGCCAAACCAGCAGCCUGCCCCUGACCAACCGUUCAUCCUCCCCACAGAGAGAGUGGUAUCUUCCAUCCCGAAGGCGGGUACAGAGGGUGAGCGCUGGGUGUACCCAUCACCACAGAUGUUCUGGAAUGCCAUGCUGAGAAAGGGGUGGAGAUGGAAGGAAGAUGCCCUGUCACCUGAUGACAUGCAGAACAUCAUCAGCAUCCACAAUGCUAACAAUGAACAGGCCUGGGAAGAAGUGCUGAGAUGGGAGGCCUUACAUGCCAGGGAGUGUCCAUGUGGUCCAAAGCUGGCCAAGUUUGGAGGAAAGGCCAAAGAGUUCUCCCCCAGGGCCAGGAUGAGGAGCUGGAUGGGGUAUGAGCUGCCCUUUGACCGCCAUGACUGGAUUGUGGACAGGUGUGGAAAGCAGGUGAGGUAUAUUAUUGACUACUACGAUGGUGGAAGCGUGAAGGAAAACUUCCAGUUUACCAUCCUGGACGUGCGGCCGGCUAUGGACUCGUUCGGUGCGGUGUGGGACCGGAUGAAGGUGGCGUACUGGCGCUGGACCACCUCACCACCGAAACACACCAGCAAGGAGGAGCUGAAACUUUCCAAGGACUUCCCAGAGGAAAGACAGAAAGUCUAGAUCACAAGUUACUCCCAUAUUGUUUAAAGUUAAAACUUUUGAUCCAACGCAAUAAAGUUCUCUCACCUCGAGCUAG